CAACAACAAAAAAAUCCCCAACAAUUUCGUUCCAUUCAAUCGCAUCGUCGUUAGUAUAUUGAAUUCUUCUCGCGAAGUCUAUGAGAAAAUGUCUCAAUUGGGCACAUUUCUCAUUUUCCUGACUAUUAUUACGCGAUCCCUGUGUGAAAUGGGAUACUUGGGAUUGGCUAUUGAAGCUGGGAGCAUCUGUCCCAAUGGAAGCCUUCUGUUAUCUCGUGAAAUUGGACGUCCUCCAAAGACUGAAAAUUACUGGGAUGGUCAAUUUUUCUUCGAUCAGUGGCCCAGUAUCCCAGAGGUACGCCUCAAGGUUACCCUGGAUGCCCCAGCAAGGAUGGAAAUUGAUCCCGAUGUGGGAAGAAUUGACGUACGUGGGAGAUCUUUCAUCAUCACAACAUUUGAAUCUCCCCCAAAGCUCGAAAGUUUAAAGUUUACAGUUCGCGGAAGACGUGGUGGAAAGUUCCCAAAUGUUGCGUCUGUACACCUCAAUGGGGAGAAUAUUUGCCCCAAUCCCACACCCUUCAAACCCACCCUUCUUGGGGUGUCGAGUAGUCAGGAGAAUGAGGAUUUCAGUGAUGCUAAAAAGGUGAAUCGUGUGGAUUCAUUGCGUGAGUGUGGAAAGAGAAAAAUUGAGCAUCAAGGACUCAUAACGUAUGGUGCUGACACACAUCCUGGGGACUUCCCAUGGCAUGCAGCUAUUUACCAUCUGGAGGGGCAACGCAGGACCUACAAAUGCGGGGGUACAAUCAUCAACACCCACACCAUUAUAACCGCCGGACAUUGUGUCUUCGAGGGCAGCAGUUUAAUCACAGCCGAGAGGAUCAUCGUACAAGUGGGAAAAUAUCACCUGAACGUGGCUGAUGACACCACAAAGGAAUUUCGGGUAUUCAGUAUCAUCCCCCAUCCGCAGUACAACACAUCCAAUCUUGCCAAUGACAUCGCCCUCCUCCGCCUUUCGCGUGAAAUAAUCUACACGGAUCACAUUCAACCCAUCUGCCUCUGGGCGUCCAAUGCAACGACGAAUCUGCGUGAUAUUGAAAACCGCAUGGCUACAGCAGUGGGAUGGGGCAGCACGGAGAAUGAUACCCUAUCGGAUGUACUGCGAUACACGGAGAUCCCCAUUGUGCCCACCUUGACGUGCCUGCAGAGUGAUCGAGACUUCUUUGGGUUCUUCCUGAGUGAAACAAACUUCUGCGGUGGAUACCUCAAUGGGACAAAUGUCUGCUCCGGCGACUCUGGUGGCUCCCUCGCCAUCGAGGAUGAGCAUAAAGUUUGGAGGAUACGAGGAAUCAUAUCGCUGAGUGUUCGACGCAGGGAUAAAGACAUUUGCAAUCCCAAGCACUAUGUUAUUUUCACAGAUGUGGCUAAGUAUUUGCCAUGGAUUGAGCAGGAAAGCUCCCGAAGGAUUCGUGAGGAAUAAAUCAAAAUUAUGUAUUUAAAAAGGAUAUUUAGAAGAAAAAGAAAUUAUUUUAGAUUGCCAUUACCUAUACAAUGAAAAUAAAGAAAUCUUUCAAAAAAAA